AUGAUUAGAGGAAUUUUGGAGAACUAUGUCACCCAUACUGUAAAUUUCAGGCAGCAAGACUGUGCCACAGACAAAGCUUUAGUGGAUGAAGCACAAACAGCACCAAGCGCUAUAGAGAAAGACAUUUUGCGGUACUACUAUUAUAUCCACCAUGGCAUUGAUACAGAGCACGUAGCUCCAAUGGAAGAUUCUUGGCUAGAACAUGUCUUGGAAUUAGUCCCCAAACACUUGAAAGUACUCACUGACAAAAUACUUAUACUGUCGGAUGAAAUGAGAGAAGAUUAUCUUCUCAGUGUAAAGAAAUCCAUUGUUGACUUUGUUUUAAGAGACCCUAGGGAAAAAGAGGAAGACAAAAAGAAAGAAGAGCUUCCACCGCAUCGUUUAGAGAUGAAAAUUCUGCCAAAACCUUGGAGGAAGUCUUUUUUUGCAGCUUGCAGUUUUAUUAGAGAUAAUUUAAAUGCAAUGAACCCUACAAUGCUUGCUGUUCUAGAUCUGUGGCAGACUUCUUUUAAAAAAUUACGUUUAAUUGAUAUAGAAGAAUUUCAUAAUCGCCAGGAGGCAAUGGAGCUGUCACUCUUCCAGAACAUUGUCAUGAAACACAUGGAAUCUGCCAAAGAGACACUACUUAAAGUAUGGUUUCCAGAAGUCCAAAAUAUUUAUUACCAAGGCAAUAAAAAAAAGCAGUUACCCACUAGUGGUAGUAGUGCAAAAUUGGAAAGUUUCUUCAACUGUGCUGCGACUUUGAUGACUAUACAGCUGCAGAACUUAGCCUUGAAUUCAAUGCAGGACUUCACAGAUUUAAUUGUACAAAGGCCGGAUUCUGUGCGAGCUUAUGAGCAUCCAGGUUUUAUAACAAGGCUGAUCCUCGAAGGUGAAAAUGUUCUGUUUGAACCUGAAUUUAAUGAUUAUCAAGCAAUUUUUCUAAAUAUUUAUGAGGUCAUGAUUAAGGCUGUCAGUACUGUACCAAGGGUUGAGACUAAAUUGUAUGCCAAAUGGGAAAGUAAAUCCCAGUCAACUACCUUGAGGCCCAUAAUUCUGGAGGAAAUAUUAAAUGAACACCAAAAAAAGAUUAAGGAUGUGAUUCUCGCUGAAAGUGUUGCACCCAUUGAGCAUCUGAAAUAUUAUGAUAAGUAUGAUUUCUUGAUUAACAAACAAGCUGAAUAUGAUAUUGAUAAAUACCUUGAGGGAGAACAUAAUUAUGAGGAAACAAUACAAGAAAUUCAGAAAUUCCAAAAGCUAAGUGAAGAGAUACAGUAUACAUCCAGAAAGGUCCUUCGCUUAGGAAUAUUUGAACUGCAUUGUGAAGAAUUAAUCAGGGCUUUGGCAAAGCGAGCAGACCUUAUUGCUGGAAGACUUAUAGCUAAAGUGUUCAAGGACCAUCAAGAAUUAAAUAUGAAAUUAUGUGAGGAAUUUGAGAUGAUAGCAGAAAAGGCUCUAAGUACACCUCCAAAUACAGCAGAACUAAUGGAAUUAAAGGCUUCCAUACGGAAAGUGGAGACAACAGAAAUGAUUGAAUUGGGACAAAAAUUGGUAGAUGCCAAAAAUUGCCUUGCUUUUCUGAUAGAGUGUGCCAACUUCUCUCCAGCUGAUAUUCGACUAAAUAAUAAUGUUUUUCAAUGGUAUGGGAGAAUGGGGGAGAUUUUUGAAGAACACAGAAAAAUAAUUAAAGAGAAAACAGAACAAUACCAAGAUGGACUUAAGUUACGAUGUGAGCGAUUUGUUGAGGAACUCGACAGUUAUUCCAAGCAAGUAGAAGAAUUUUUCGGAUUUGGAGAUAUUCAAGAUAUUAAUCGAUAUCUCAAAAAAGCUCAAGCACUAGAUGCAAAGUUGGAUUCAGCAGCAGAAAAGAUUGAGCAGUUUAAUGCAGAAGAAGAGGCAUUUGGUUGGCCGGCAUCUGUAUAUCCACAGCGUAAAAAAAUCCAAGAUACUUUGAACCCUUAUCUUCGUCUCUAUGAUAUGGCUGUAGAAUUUAGCAACAAAUUUAGAAAUUGGACAGAAGGCCCAUAUACCAAGGUGAAUCCUGACCUAGUAGAAGGAGAUGUAGGGAACUACUGGAGAGCACUAUAUAAAUUAGAAAAAGUCUUCCAUGAUUCUCCCAAUGCAUUAGCAAUAACCAGAAGGGUGAAAACAAAAGUUGAAGAAUUCAAGGAGCACAUUCCCCUUAUUCAGGUGAUUUGCAAUCCUGGUUUGCGGAGCCGACAUUGGGAAGCCAUGUCCGAUAUUGUUGGUUAUGUCCUAAAGCCAUCAGAAGACUCAACUGUCUCUUCAUUUCUAGAAAUGGAUCUUGAACCAUACUUGGACAAAUUUGAAAAUAUUAGUGAAGCAGCUAGCAAAGAAUAUUCACUUGAAAAGGCCAUGGAGAAGAUGAUGGGUGAAUGGGAUUCAAUGGAAUUUGUCAUCCUGCCUUACAGAGAAACCGGGAUGUACAUUUUGUCAGCAGUGGAUGAAAUUCAGAUGUUAUUAGAUGACCAUAUUGUUAAAACACAGACUAUGCGAGGAUCUCCAUUCAUUAAGCCUUAUGAAAAAGAAAUAAGAGAAUGGGAAGGUAAACUAUUGCUGCUUCAGGAAAUUCUGGAUGAAUGGCUAAAGGUUCAGGCAACUUGGCUAUAUUUGGAGCCAAUUUUUAGUUCUCCUGACAUUAUGGCUCAAAUGCCCGAGGAAGGCAGAAGAUUUUCUACAGUGGACAAAACGUGGCGAGAACUGAUGAAAGCUGUCAUGCAACAAAAGCAAGUUCUGAAAGUGGUGACCAUAGAUAAAAUGCUACCAAAGCUGAAAAAAAGCAAUGAACUUUUGGAGCUUAUACUUAAAGGACUUAAUGAAUAUUUGGAAAAGAAGCGUCUUUUCUUCCCAAGAUUCUUUUUCUUAUCCAAUGAUGAACUUCUUGAGAUUCUGUCAGAGACAAAGGAUCCUACUCGGGUACAACCUCACUUGAAAAAAUGUUUUGAAGGAAUUGCCAGGGUAGAAUUCACUGAGAAUUUAGACAUAACUCACAUGAAGAGUAGUGAAGGAGAAGUUGUGGAACUUGUAGAUACAAUUUCAACAGUCAAAGCUAGAGGUCAAGUGGAAAAAUGGUUGGUUGAAUUAGAGAGAGCUAUGCUAAAAUCUCUCCAUAAGGUAAUUGGAGAAGCAAUUGCUGCCUACCCUGAAAAUGAACGUAUUAAUUGGGUAAGAGAAUGGCCUGGACAAACAGUUCUUUGUGUAUCUCAGACCUUUUGGACAUCUGAAGUACAAAUAGCUAUUAAGAUUGGGUUACAGGCUCUUGAGGAUUACCUAAAUCAGAACUGUAGGCAGAUCGAUGACAUCGUCACAUUAGUUCGUGGAAAACUGUCUAAGCAGAAUCGAGUGACUCUUGGAGCGUUAGUGGUGCUGGACGUCCAUGCUAGAGAUGUUCUUGCAUCUCUUGUGACAAAGAAAGUCAGUGAUGACAGUGACUUUGAGUGGUUAAGUCAGCUUAGGUACUACUGGAUUGAGGAGCACUUGGAAACAAAGAUGAUCAAUGCUGGGUUACGAUAUGGAUAUGAAUACCUAGGUAAUACUCCUCGUUUGGUUAUUACUCCACUUACAGAUAGAUGCUACAGAACUUUAUUUGGAGCCCUUCACCUUCAUCUUGGAGGAGCUCCUGAAGGUCCAGCUGGUACUGGGAAGACAGAAACCACCAAAGAUUUAGCAAAGGCUGUAGCAAAACAAUGUGUUGUUUUCAAUUGUUCUGAUGGAUUGGAUUAUCUGGCUUUAGGAAAAUUCUUUAAGGGACUGUUGUCUUGUGGAGCCUGGGCUUGCUUCGAUGAGUUUAAUAGAAUUGAUUUGGAAGUACUUUCUGUGGUUGCUCAACAAAUUCUUACCAUCCAAAGAGGCAUUAAUACGGGCUGUGAAAUACUAACAUUUGAAGGAACCGAACUAAAACUUGACCCAACUUGUGCGGUUUUUAUAACUAUGAAUCCUGGAUAUGCUGGACGUUCAGAACUACCAGAUAAUCUGAAGGCUCUCUUUAGAACAGUAGCAAUGAUGGUGCCUGAUUAUGCCAUGAUUGCAGAAAUCGUCCUUUAUUCCUGUGGUUUUGUUACUGCUCGACCCCUGUCAGUAAAAAUUGUAGCUACUUAUCGUUUGUGUUCAGAGCAAUUGUCAUCUCAACACCAUUAUGACUAUGGAAUGAGAGCAGUGAAGUCAGUGCUUACUGCCGCUGGUAAUCUGAAGCUGAAAUAUCCAAAUGAAAAUGAAGAAAUUUUGCUGCUUAGAUCCAUCAUAGAUGUGAAUCUGCCAAAAUUUUUGUCCCAUGAUCUACCACUUUUUGAGGGAAUUACUUCAGAUUUGUUUCCUGGAGUGAAGUUGCCUAAACCAGAUUACAAUGAUUUAAUGGCAGCUAUUAAAGAUAAUUGUGAUGAAAUGAAUUUGCAAAUGACCAAAUUCUUUUAUGAGAAGAUCCUACAAAUAUUUGAAAUGAUGAUUGUACGCCACGGUUUUAUGAUUGUUGGAGAGCCAUUUGGAGGAAAGACAAGUGCAUAUCGAGUUUUAGCUGGUGCCUUGAAUGACAUUUGUGAAAAGGGAUUGAUGGAAGAAAACAAAGUUCAAAUUACUGUUAUAAAUCCCAAGUCAAUAACUAUGGGUCAACUAUAUGGACAGUUUGACUUAGUAUCUCAUGAAUGGUCAGAUGGCAUCCUAGCAGUAAGCUUUAGAGCAUUCGCUUCUUCUCAGUCUCCAGAUAGGAAAUGGUUGAUUUUUGAUGGGCCUGUAGAUGCAGUUUGGAUUGAGAAUAUGAAUACUGUUUUGGAUGAUAAUAAAAAGCUCUGUCUAAUGAGUGGAGAGAUCAUCCAAAUGUCACCACAAAUGAGCUUAAUUUUUGAACCAAUGGAUUUAGAAGUGGCCUCACCUGCUACGGUUUCCAGAUGUGGUAUGAUUUAUAUGGAGCCUCAGAUGUUGGGCUGGAGACCCUUGAUGUUAUCUUGGUUAAAUGUUUUACCUGUUGGGAUCAGUGCUAUUCAGAAAGAAUUUAUAAUGGGCUUAUUUGACAGAAUAAUCCCUGUUGCUAUUGAAUUUGUUAGAAAACAUACGAAGGAAUUGUCUCCCACAUCAGAUACAAAUUUAGUUAAAUCCUUAAUGAAUCUAAUGGACUGCCUGUUGGAUGAGUUUGCGGAUGAAGCCAAAGCUAAGGUCAAAGGUGAUAGUGAAGUUUACUCUUUGCUUGAGGGUAUUUUUCUCUUUUCAUUGACCUGGUCUCUUGGAGCUAGUUGUAAAGAGGAAGAUCGAUUGAGAUUUGAUAAAAUUGUUAGAGAAUUAAUGGAUGGUCCAAUUUCAGAUAAGACUAGAAAUACAUACAAAUUGCUGAAUGGUACUGAAAAGAUUACUGCAAAACCCAUAACUGUUCCAUUUCCUGACGAAGGAACAAUUUACGAAUAUCAGUUCAUCAGUGAGGGGCUAGGACGAUGGGAAGCAUGGGUAGCCAGACUAAGAUCAGCCCCUCCUAUUCCUCGAGAUGUGAUGUUUAAUGAAAUCAUUGUGCCAACUCUGGACACAGUUAGAUAUUCUACAUUAAUGGACUUGCUGACCACACAUCAGAAACCUUCGAUAUUUGUGGGACCAACAGGAACUGGGAAGAGUGUCUACAUCAUUGUUGUCUUUGUAGAUGAUGUAAACAUGCCAGCUCGGGAAGUAUAUGGUGCUCAGCCACCAGUUGAAUUACUUCGCCAGUGGUUAGAUCACUGGAACUGGUAUGAUCUUAAAGACUGCUCCAUGAUUAAACUAGUGGACAUUCAAAUCAUGUGUGCCAUGGGACCUGCAGGUGGUGGGAGAAACCCAGUCACGCCUCGAUUCAAGCGGCAUUUUAAUGUAAUCACCAUUAACGAAUUUAAUGAUACUGCCAUGUAUACAAUUUUCUCUAGAAUCUUAAACUGGCAUUUCAACAUUUGCUACAGCUUCCCAUCAGAGUUUUCAGAAUUGACUGACCAGAUUGUCAGUAGCACUAUGGUUGUGUAUAAGGAAGCAAUGAAGAAUCUUUUACCAACUCCGACUAAAUCACACUACCUGUUCAACCUCCGUGAUUUCUCUCGUGUCAUUCAGGGUGUUUGUUUGUCAAGACCUGAAAGCACAGAAGACCAAAGUACAAUUAAGCGCCUUUGGGUACAUGAGGUACUUCGAGUAUAUUAUGAUCGUCUACUAGAUCACACAGAUAGAGCUUGGCUUGUGGGUCAUAUCAAGAAAAUGAUGGAAACUAAAAUGGGAGAAAAUUUUCAUGAGCUUUUUAAAGCUUUGGACUUUAAUGGUGAUGGAGUGGUGGAAGAAGAUGACUUACGCAGUUUAAUGUUUUGUGAUUUCCAUGAUCCCAAAAGAGAAGACACUACCUAUAGGGAAAUCAGUGAUGUGGACAGUCUACGAGUUGUGGUUGAAGGUCAUCUUGAUGAAUAUAAUAAUAUGACUAAAAAAACCAUGCAGCUUGUAUUAUUCAGGUUUGCCAUAGAACACAUAAGCAGAAUUUCCAGGAUUCUUAAGCAACCUCGAAGUCAUGCUCUUCUGGUUGGUGUUGGAGGCAGUGGUAGGCAGUCAGUUACCCGGUUAGCUGCCCAUAUGUCUGAUUAUACAGUUUUCCAGGUUGAAAUAUCCAAAAGCUAUGGUACUUAUGAGUGGCAUGAAGAUUUAAAACUCAUCUUAAGGAAAUCAUCUGAAGGAGAGAUGCAAGGUGUUUUCUUGUUUACAGAUACACAGAUUAAAAGAGAAUCAUUUCUAGAAGAUAUUAACAAUUUGCUAAAUGCAGGGGAAGUUCCAAAUCUUUUUGCAGUAGAUGAAAAACAAGAAAUAUGUGAAAAAAUGCGUCAGAUAGAUCGCCAGCGGGAUAGAACAAAACAAACAGAUGGUAGUCCCAUAGCUCUUUUUAACAUGUUCAUUGAUCGCUGUCGAGAUCAACUCCAUGUGGUCCUGGCCAUGAGUCCAAUUGGAGAUGCAUUCCGUAAUCGUCUUCGAAAAUUUCCAGCUCUUGUUAAUUGUUGCACCAUUGAUUGGUUUCAGACAUGGCCUGAAGAUGCACUACAGGCAGUUGCCUCACGCUUCUUAGAAGAUGUUGAAAUGUCAGAAGAAACACGAGAUGGCUGUAUUGAUAUGUGUAAAAGCUUCCAUACUUCCACUAUUGAGUUAUCUGAAUCCUUCCAUUCUGAACUUCAAAGGCACAACUAUGUGACUCCUACUUCUUAUCUUGAAUUAAUCUCCACUUUCAAAACUUUACUGAAAAAGAAAAGGAGUGAGGUAAUGAAAAUGAAAAGGAGAUAUGAGGUGGGCUUAGAGAAGCUGGACUCUGCUGCGUCACAAGUAGCCACAAUGCAGGUUGAGUUGGAAGCUCUGCAGCCUCUGCUGAAAGUGGCUAGCAAGGAAGUUGAUGAGAUGAUGGUGAUGAUCGAGAAAGAGUCUAUGGAAGUUGCCAAAACUGAAAAAAUAGUGAAAGCUGAUGAAGCUGUAGCAAAUGAACAAGCUAUGGCUGCGAAAGCCAUCAAGGAUGAAUGUGAUGCUGACCUAGCCGAAGCCUUGCCAAUCCUGGAAUCAGCUCUGGCUGCUCUUGAUACUCUCACAGCCCAGGAUAUUACAGUGGUAAAAUCCAUGAAGAGUCCACCUGCUGGUGUCAAGAUUGUUAUGGAAGCUAUAUGUAUCUUGAAAGGAAUCAAAGCAGAUAAAAUUCCUGAUCCAUCAGGCUCAGGAAAAAAAAUAGAGGACUUCUGGGGUCCAGCUAAAAGACUACUUGGUGACAUUAGAUUUCUGCAGUCACUUCAUGAAUAUGACAAGGACAACAUACCUCCAGCAUACAUGAAUAUCAUUAGGAAAAAUUAUCUGCCAAAUCCUGACUUUGUUCCGGAAAAGAUUAGAAAUGCUUCCACAGCAGCAGAAGGUCUAUGCAAAUGGGUUAUAGCAAUGGAUUCCUAUGAUAAAGUGGCAAAAGUUGUAGCACCCAAAAAGAUCAAGCUAGCCCAGGCUGAAGGUGAACUUAAAAUUGCCAUGGAUGGUCUUAGAAAGAAGCAAGCAGCACUUAAAGAGGUUCAGGAUAAGUUGGCCAGGCUUCAGGAUACACUUCAAUUAAAUAAACAAAAAAAGGCUGACCUAGAAAAUCAGGUUGACUUGUGCAGCAAAAAACUAGAGCGAGCCGAGCAAUUGAUUGGAGGCCUUGGAGGGGAGAAAACUCGAUGGAGUCAAAGUGCUUUGGAACUGGGGCAUUUGUAUGUUAAUUUGACUGGUGAUAUCCUCAUUUCAUCAGGAGUUGUGGCUUACCUAGGAGCUUUUACAUCACAUUAUCGACAGAACCAAACUGAUGAAUGGACAUUGUCAUGCAGAGAAAGAGACAUCCCUUGCUCAGAUGAUUAUUCUCUUACAAGCUCAUUAGGAGAACCUGUGAAAAUCCGAGCUUGGAACAUUGCUGGCUUGCCCUCAGAUUCCUUUUCCAUUGAUAAUGGGAUCAUCAUUAUGAAUGCAAGAAGAUGGCCUCUAAUGAUAGAUCCUCAAGGUCAGGCUAAUAAAUGGGUAAAGAAUAUGGAAAAAGCCAAUAGCCUUCACAUAAUCAAAUUAAAUGAUGCGGACUAUGUAAGGACCCUGGAAAAUUGCAUCCAGUUUGGUACGCCUGUAUUGCUGGAAAAUGUUGGGGAAGAAUUGGAUCCUAUCCUGGAGCCUCUUCUACUAAAGCAAACAUUUAAACAGGGUGGGAGUGUUUGUAUCCGACUUGGUGACUCUACAAUUGAAUAUGCACCUGACUUUCGCUUUUAUAUUACAACGAAGCUAAGAAAUCCACAUUAUCUUCCUGAAACAUCUGUUAAGGUCACAUUACUGAACUUUAUGAUAACUCCUGAAGGAAUGCAAGAUCAGCUUCUUGGAAUUGUAGUAGCACGAGAGAGACCAGAUCUUGAAGAAGAAAAGCAAGCCUUGAUAUUACAAGGCGCUGAAAACAAAAGGCAGUUAAAAGAAAUAGAAGACAAGAUUUUAGAAGUUCUUUCAUCUUCAGAAGGCAAUAUAUUAGAAGACGAAACUGCUAUUAAGAUAUUAUCUUCCUCGAAGGCUUUAGCUAAUGAGAUUUCUGAGAAACAGGCAGUAGCUGAAGACACAGAGAGAAAGAUUGAUGACACCCGAAUGGAAUACCGUCCAAUCGCCAUUCAUUCGUCAGUCCUGUUUUUCUCAAUAGCAGAUUUAGCUAACAUUGAACCUAUGUACCAGUACUCACUCACUUGGUUUAUUAACCUUUUUAUUCUGUCCAUAGAAAAUUCAGAGAAAUCAGAAAUUUUGCAGAUAAGGUUACAAAUUCUCCAGGACCACUUUACUUAUUCUUUAUAUGUUAAUGUCUGUCGUUCACUCUUUGAAAAGGAUAAGCUGCUCUUUUCCUUUUGUCUAAAUGUGAAUCUUCUAACAUAUGAAAAUUUGGUUAAUGAAGAUAAUUGGAGGUUUCUGCUAACUGGUGGCAUUGGUCUGGACAAUCCUUUCUCCAACCCUUGUAUAUGGCUUCCCCAGAAAUCUUGGGAUGAAAUAUGUCGAUUAGAUGAAUUGCCAGACUUCAAAGGCAUUCGUAAGGCAUUUGUGUCACUGAAAGAUGGAUGGAAAAAAGUAUAUGAUAGUUUGGAGCCCCAUCAUGAGUCCUUUCCUGAAUCAUGGGAAGAAAAAGUAAAUGACUUUCAAAGGAUGCUUGUUAUUCGCUGUCUGAGACCUGACAAGAUUAUUCCAAUGGUACAAGAAUUUAUAACUAGCCAUUUGGGGCGUCAAUUUAUUGAACCACCACCAUUUGAUUUGUCCAAGGCAUUUGGAGACAGUAACUGCUGCGCACCACUGAUUUUUGUGCUGUCUCCUGGUUCUGAUCCUAUGGCAGCCCUUCUCAAAUUUGCUGAUGAUCAGGGAUAUGGGGGAUCCAAACUUAGUUCCUUAUCUCUUGGUCAAGGCCAAGGGCCCAUUGCUAUGAAAAUGAUAGAGAAAGCAGUCAAGGAAGGAACCUGGGUUGUUCUUCAGAACUGCCAUCUUGCAACAUCUUGGAUGCCAACACUGGAGAAAGUUUGUGAGGACCUAAGUCCAGAAACAACCCAUCCAGAUUUCCGAAUUUGGUUAACAAGCUACCCUUCUCCAAAUUUCCCUGUGUCUGUGCUUCAGAAUGGAGUAAAAAUGACUAAUGAAGCACCUAAAGGUUUACGGGCUAAUAUUAUUCGAUCGUACUUGAUGGACCCAAUCUCUGACCCUGAGUUUUUCGGUGGUUGCAAGAAGCCUGAAGAAUUCAAGAAAUUGCUCUAUGGCCUCUGUUUCUUCCAUGCAUUAGUUCAAGAAAGACGGAAAUUUGGGCCUCUGGGAUGGAAUAUUCCUUAUGAGUUCAAUGAGACUGACCUGAGAAUCAGCGUACAGCAGCUCGGCAUGUUUCUGAACCAGUAUGAGGAGCUUCCCUAUGAUGCACUGCGAUAUAUGACUGGUGAAUGCAAUUAUGGUGGCAGAGUUACUGAUGACUGGGACCGACGUACAUUGCGCAGCAUUUUAAACAAAUUCUACAAUCCAGAGAUAGUUAAAAAUCCAGACUAUAAGUUUGACUCCAGUGGUGUCUAUUAUGCCCCUCCCAGUGGUGAUUACAAUAGCUACAUUGAGUACACCAAGCAGUUGCCCUUGAAUCCUGCCCCAGAGAUCUUUGGGAUGAAUGCCAAUGCUGAUAUCACUAAAGAUCAGUCUGAAACACAACUGCUAUUUGAUAAUAUUCUUCUUACACUGUCUCGUUCCUCAGGCGCUGGUGCGAAAUCAUCAGAUGAGGUAGUAAAUGAGGUGGCUGGAGACAUCUUAGGCAAGCUUCCCUCAGAUUUUGACAUUGAGGCUGCAAUGAGGAAAUACCCAACAACUUAUACACAAAGUAUGAAUACUGUGCUUGUCCAAGAAAUGGGACGGUUCAACAAGUUACUACAUACCAUAAGAGAAUCAUGUAUUAACAUCCAGAAAGCCAUCAAGGGACUUGUUGUAAUGUCUUCAGAUCUGGAGGAGGUUGCGAAAAGCAUUUUAAUAGGCAAAAUUCCGGGAAUGUGGAUGGGAAAAUCCUACCCAAGCCUCAAACCACUUGGCAGCUACGUGAAUGAUUUCCUUGCCAGGCUAAAAUUCUUAGAGUAUUGGCAUGAAAUGGGAACACCACCAGUCUUCUGGCUCUCAGGCUUUUUCUUCACUCAAGCGUUCUUAACUGGAGCACAGCAGAACUUUGCAAGGAAAUAUACCAUCCCCAUUGAUCUGCUUGGUUUUGACUAUGAAGUUAUGGACGACAAAGAAUACAGGCAUGCUCCUGAAGAUGGUGUCUACAUUUAUGGAUUGUUUCUAGAUGGAGCAUCCUGGAAUCGAAAGCUCAAGAAACUAGGAGAAUCUUAUCCCAAAAUCCUUUAUGAUACUGUGCCUGUGAUGUGGCUAAAGCCUUGUAAGCGGUCAGACAUACCAGACCGGCCUAGUUAUGUUGCUCCAGUCUAUAAAACAAGUGAGCGAAGAGGAACAUUAUCAACUACUGGCCAUUCUACUAACUUUGUGAUUGCAAUGAUUCUGCCUUCAGAUAAACCUUCAGAACACUGGAUUGGAAGGGGUGUGGCAUUGCUGUGUCAGCUUAGUUCAUAGCCAUAAAGUGCCAUUUUCCUGUAGAUAUGCCCUUUUCUCUCCACAUUGGGUUCAGAGAAGGCAUACUUACUUUUUAAACUAAAAUUUUUUAAUUUUAAAUAAUCUUGACUAGAUUAUGAGAUUGUGAACAUUUGUAUAUCAAACACAAAAUAUUUUUAAUUCAUACUACAGUUAUA